UUGUAAACGUUAUUACUCCAAAGUACACAGUUCAUACUUGAUACUAUCUCUUUCUCUCUCUAGCUUUUCUUUCUCUCUCCUAUUCUGCAAACCUUGUUUUGAUUCGAUUUUCUGCUAUUAAAAUGAGUCCAACUCCUCACUCUCUAUCUUUUUCAACUUAGCAUUAUUCGAUUUCGUAUUGCACUCUCUCAUCUCCCAUUCCUGCGAACCUCUUUUCUUCUUCUCUCUUCCCUUCUCCCAAAGUUUUCACAUUUCCCUGCCUUUGAUCUGCACACAACAAUUCAUCACUCCAAAACAUAGAGGGAUAAAAAAAAAACCAUGAAGAAGUUUGUACUCAAGUUGGAUUUGCCAGAUGACAAGGCCAAGCAGAAGGCCCUGAAAACAGUUUCAACACUUUCAGGGAUUGAUGCCAUCUCAAUGGACAUGAAGGAGAAGAAGCUAACAGUGAUAGGAACUGUUGAUCCUGUGAAUGUGGUGAGCAAGCUUCGCAAGUACUGGCAGACAGACAUAGUCUCAGUAGGGCCAGCAAAGGAGCCAGAGAAGAAAGAGGAGCCAAAGAAAGAAGAGGGCAAGAAGGAGGAAGAGAAGAAGGAGUCUUCAAAAAAGGAGGAAGGGAAAAAAGAAGAGGAGAAAAAGGAAGAGCCAAAGAAAGAAGAAGAGAAGAAGGAAGAAGAGAAGAAAGAAGAAGAGAAGAAAGAUGAUGAGAAGAAGAAAGAGGCUGCACCAGCCCCACCACCAGAUCCAGUUCUAGAGCUGGUCAAGGCUUAUAGGGCCUAUAAUCCCCACAUGACCACAUACUACUAUGUUCAAAGCAUGGAAGAGAAUCCCAAUGCUUGUGUCAUUUGUUAAGUAGCAAGCUUUGCAAGAAAAACAUGAGGAAAGGAAGACAUAUAUAUAGAUAUAUAAAUCAGACUUUCUCAACUUGCAAUGGAACCAAUUCUCUUUCAUGAAUCCUAGGAGUCCAUGAUGUCAAGAAGACGGAAACAAAAAAACCAAACUCCUUGUAUAUAUUUUGGUGGUGUCCCUUUUAGUUGUUUUGGGAAGUACAUUAGCAAUGUGUAGAGGGAAGAAAUAAAAUUUUUGGGGGAUUUGUUUUAAAUUGAUCAAAAAUGUAAUCAUACAAUAGUAUGAUGUAUAAACUAGUGGAAUCAGCGAUUAGUAAUUUGUAUGCUGCUGAUGUCAACAAAAUUUAUGUGAAAAAAAAAGGAGAUUGAAAAGGCAAAGCAUAUCAUAUGCUUUUAUAA